AUGGCGAAGAGAGCACUUAUUACGUGUCUCCUCAUCGCGGAAAUAACUACGGCUGUUUCUGGGUGUGGCAUGAGCGUUCACAACGAAGUUACCGUGCGCGCACUGUCAAGUUUUAGUCCAGCAAUUACAGAAUAUGAAAAAUACUCCAACUUUAUACGAGAGUACCCGACAUUCGUACAGACCGGUUCAUUCUUUCCUGACUGGGGAUAUGACUGUCUGGAAAAUCCUGAACAGUCAGAAGCAGCACACUGGCCGGAAUUUUUACGUGCGGGCGUCAAUUACAUACGAGAAAGGUACCCUAUACCAUGGACCGAUGAACAGACAGCGCAGUCGAUAAUUGCAUUCCUCUUUGCGAUCACCUCUCAUGAUGUAGCUGACGUCUCGUGGCAUAGUCUUAGGAUGCGCAAUGGAUUUAUUAGAGUUAUGGCUGAUAUUAACUUCGGAGGCGACUACGCAAAGGCACACACAGUAGCUGAUAAUGGAGGAGAAUUUACGCUUUCACAUAUGUCCAAGUUGGACUAUUUAUUGGAUAUUUGGGAGGCGCCAUUGUCAGAUAUCAAAGAGAUAUACGCCAAGAUGGGUUUACAAGCGCGUCCAGAGGAGAUGAGUUAUUGCAUUCAAAAGGCAUUUACGGCUCAACAGGCUAACAAGAGACUCGGCAAACACUUUUUCGCUGUGUAUGGCCAACAGUCCCCGUUUUUAAUCGAACAAUUCACGUCAUAUUACCGUGGCGGACUCAACGAAAUGGCCGCAAACACACACGAAUGCUGGUACGCUCUUGCUAAAUGGCUCGAGGAAGGAGCCAAUGAGUUCUUUCCGUGUAGGGUUUUUGCACAGUAUUCGACUAUUGAUCAGGCUGAGCGACGUAGAUUAAGCGAAAAGGCCAGAGCCAGAAAAGAUGACGAGAAUGAACAGACCGACACGCACACCUCAGAUGACGAAUAUAUCGACUUUGGAAAGAUAAUGAGAACAGACGCUGCAGAAAUGUUAGACGUAAUCGGGUUGCGAGUGAAGAGUAGUAUGGACGAGAGAGGAGUUGCGAGAUUUUACUUGGAAGACAGGAGAAAUAGGACUACAGACGAGAUCACGGAUAUAACCGAGGACGAGCUUGAAAAAAUACACACUAUCAUAAGACGGGCCAUCAUUGGAAACAAAUCGCAUUCUAAUAGUAGAGAUCAACGGCCGUUGUCCCUUUCGGUUCAAACCUCGCCUUUUCAAACUUCCGUGUCCGUGUCUCCUGAAUCCCCAUCAAAUACAACUGGAUUGCCUGCCAUCUGUUAUCCGGUGAAGGAAGCUCGGAAGACAUCCAUAACGUUGGAUAUAUCGCAACCAUAUGCUAGUUUAGGCCAUGCGAUGUGUGUUGGAGAUUUUAAUAACGACGGGUUUAAAGAUUUAGUCUUGACUGCUCCGUACUAUACAUCGCAAUCCUCGGCUGCUCUACAUAUUGGUAGAGUUUUCAUUUUAGACGGCGAGACCUCUCAAUUACGUCGCUCCAAUGUCCACACAACAGCAGACGUCGCUGCAUUAGCCAACCACACACUUACCAAUCCCGAGCAAUCCGCACAGGCACGGUUCGGUUGGUCAUGUGCGGUAGUAGAUUUGAACGGUGACGGAGUAGAUGAUUUGGUCAUAUCAGCUCCAGGAGCUGGUAAUGCGACAGACUGGUCGGAAGAACCAGAACAUACAUAUCAUCCACCUCCCCCAGAUAUCUAUUCUGGCCGCAUAUACGUUUAUUUUGGCCACGCCGGAUCUGGCCUUUCCACCACUCCCAAUAUCACAAUCCAACCUGGAGAUGCUCGUGUUUCAUUGGGACUUAAAAUUGAACAACUCGGCCAAGCCUUGGUUGCUGGGGAUAUUGACGGCGAUGGAAAAAAGGAUUUGAUCAUUGGAUGUCCAUUCUGCAGUCUUCGUAUCCGUGGCGUGACUGAACAGGUCGGUGCCGUGUUCUUCAUUCUCUCAUCGCGCAAUCAUAGUGGCAUUCUUCCACUGUCGGAAGCAGACCAUGUCCUCUUAUCUCCAUUAAAACGAAAACGAGAAUUAUUCGGUUCGGUAAUAGAGCUUGUGAAUCAUGCCGAUUCCGCAAAAGCUACAUUAAUUGUGAGUGCACGGGGAUACGGAAAUAAUAGGAUACCGAUGGCAGGAAAGCUGUAUGGAUAUGAAAUAACCACAAGAGAAAAACAGGGAGAUCAAAUGUUGCCAAUGCCCGAAUUAGUGAUAAGGAAGACUUUUGAUCUAAGUGGGACUGAAAAGUUCCAAGGUUUGGGAAGUGCAAUUUUGGCGGGAGACUUUCGUGGUGAUGGAAAAAUGUUAUUAGCAGUGUCAUCUGGAUCCGAGACCCACCAACUAGCCUUUCCACCUCGAUUAAAGUUUUGGCAGGCCGGAGCAUUACGCAUUAUCGAUUUCACCGCUCUGCGCAAUGAUUCAUUGGUAUCUGACUUACGACUUGGGGAGGGAAUGUACGCGUUACUUUACGGAUCAGAAAGCGCAUCACACUUUGGAAGUGCAGUGCAUGCGAACGGAAAGGGAACAAUUUGGGUAUCUGAGCCUUUUGCGCUUUGGGAAUCUGGCAAGAUCUACAAGUAUUCUUUUAAUCAGAAUACUGGUCUCCUCAUUCCUGGUGCUGAAGAAUGCCUAACCACUAGUGAGAAUAGAUCGAAAUUCGGAAGUAAAAUGGUUGAAAUAGACGUAGACGGAGAUGGGGUCGAUGAUUUCAUAAUUGCUGCAGUUCAUUCGAGUAAGAACGUGAGGUAA